AUGUUUGGUGUCAUGGAUGCUGAAUUCAAUGGAACAUUUAUAACUCUUGGUGGCUUAGUAGACGUGGACAAAUACAGAUAUCUUUACUUUGUCAUCUUCUUGACAUUAUAUAUUCUCAUCCUCUUUACUAACUGCACCAUUAUGUGUCUAAUCUGGAUUCACAGGAACCUUCAUGAGCCUAUGUACAUUUUCAUUGCUGCUUUGUCACUCAACUCUCUUUUGUUUAGCACUGCUAUCUACCCUAAACUUUGCAUUGAUGUUUUAUCUCAAGAACAGACUAUUUCUCAUUCUGCUUGUCUGUUCCAAUAUUUUCUGUAUUACUCAUUUGCCGCAUCAGACUUUUCACUGUUGUCAGCCAUGGCUUAUGACAGGUAUGUGUCUAUCUGCAAACCUCUGCAUUAUCCAACUAUCAUGGGAAAAAGAACUGUUAUUGUCCUCUUGACUUUGGCCUGGUUUCUACCUUCAUGUGAGGUUGUAGUGGCAACUGUGAUUGGUUCUCAACAAAAACUCUGUGACUUCACAACGAAAGGCAUUUUUUGUAACAAUACAUUUUUUAAGCUUCACUGUGUAAAAUCAGCAUUUCUUACAGUUUAUGGUUUGUUUGUAACGAUGAAUGUUGCUGUUGUUCCUGUGAUGUUCAUCCUUUUUACGUACAUAAAGAUAUUUAUAACAACUUAUCACAGGUGUGCAGAAAUCAGGCAAAAAGCUGCAGAGACAUGUUUACCUCACUUGAUGGUUUUAUUCAGCUUUGUUUGUUUAGUUUUAUUUGAUGUCAUCAUAGCUCGAUUGGAGUCAGAUCUUUCAAAAAUUGUACGUUUAAUAAUGACUUUACAAAUAGUUGUGUAUAAUCCUCUGUUCAAUCCGAUCAUAUAUGGAGUGAAAAUGAAAGCUAUUUGGAAACAAAUCAAGAGAUUGUUUUGUCGACUGGUGAACAAAAGAAUAUGAUCACACUUGAUAGCAUUGAAGUCUUUAUUUCUCCAUGCUGCCUUAUUUGUGGUGUUUAUAAGAUGUAUGGAAAAGGACAAUUAGAUCCAUGCUGUCUGAUGUCAUUUUAUAUUUUAAAUAUUAUUUUAUAAUCAAUAUUAAGUUGUUGCCAAGUCAAUAUCCUGCAUUUAUUAAUACUUCACUUGUCACUUUCAACCUCUGUACUAAGGUAUUUCUAAUGUAUCUAUAAUCUAGGCUGAAAACACAUCAAUUUGAUUAUGACAACUGAAAUUAUGUAAUUUACACUCACAUUUUAAUUCAAAUUUUGAUCAUUUUUAUGGUGAUUCUAGUUAAUAUUUAUUUUUGCCCUCAUGUAAUUUUCUGUAAAGCAUUCUGAAUUGCCUUUUGUACAUAUUUCACUUUAUAAAUAAACAUGCCCCUGCCUUGCCUAUAAUCUCUUUAUUUUAAUUUAUUUUUUUUUAUCUAUGUGCAUAUACUUUUGUGAUCAUUUAUAAUGUUUAAACCUUUAU